UGGCCAAACCCACCAGCUAAAAAGACAUACCAUCCACGGAGACCCUAUAUAAGCUCUGACAGUUGUCAAGUGGAAGGCACUGGCUGAUUGCACCCAAAUUGUACAAUGUCUCACGCAUGGGGAUACGCACCGAGCAACGGACCCGACAAAUGGGCUGAUAACUUCCCUAUUGCCAACGGACCCCGCCAGUCUCCCAUAGACAUCCUACCUGGUGAAGCAAAAUAUGAUGCUGCCCUGAAGCCGCUCAAAUUGAAGUACGACCCUUCCACCUCUAUUGACAUUCUCAACAACGGACAUUCAUUCCAAGUGACCUUCGCCGAUGACAACGACAGCUCAACUCUGACUGAGGGGCCCAUCUCAGGCACCUACAGGCUGAAGCAGUUCCACUUCCACUGGGGUGCGUCCGACGACAGAGGCUCCGAGCACACAGUGUCUGGGACCAAGUACGCAUCAGAGCUCCAUCUAGUGCACUGGAACACCAAGUAUCCCAGCUUUGGUGAUGCUGCUAGCAAGCCUGAUGGCCUGGCUGUUGUAGGUGUCUUCCUAAAGGUUGGAGAUGAGAAUGCCCAGCUUCAGAAAGUUCUGGAUGCAUUUGAUGCCAUCCAGGCCAAGGGCAAACAGACCGCCUUCGCCAACUUUGACCCCACAACCCUGCUCCCUGGCUCACUAGACUAUUGGACCUAUGACGGCUCCUUGACCACACCCCCUCUGCUGGAGAGCGUUACCUGGAUCGUCUGUAAGGAGCCAAUCAGCGUCAGCCCCGCCCAGAUGGGCAAAUUCCGUAGCCUGCUCUUCUCGGCGGAAGGAGAGGCGGCCUGCUGCAUGGUGGACAACUACCGCCCCCCUCAGCCCCUCAAGGGCCGCGCCGUGCGUGCGUCCUUCAAAUAAAUCCCUCCCUUCCCCCCAUCCUCUACGGGCCACCUCCCCCCCUCCCCCCCCCCCAACCUCCUCCCCCCUGCUUAGUGAGACACACAGGAGUGCCUCCCCCUGCAGGGAGCUGCAGAGCACACGAAGCCGCCUCCAAAACACCAGAUCCCUGCCGCCCAUUCCUGCAGAGCUGGGCUGCCUCUCUGGAAGAUGAAGCACCGACCAGAGUUGUGUCUUACUGUGCCAUGGUGGACCAGCCGAGUCCUGACGUAGCUAUUUCACAAGACAGGCACUCGGCAGCGUCUUUGUGACAGAUUUACCGGGAUUUUGCAUGUGGUGCCAAUGUUUUAGAGACAUCUCCAUGGCUCUGUAGUUCCUGAUAGUUAGGAAAUGUGUCAGCAUUAUACACAAACAAAGCUUGCGAAGAGGCUGUAAAUGACAGGGAUGUAGCACUGUCAUGGACGGGAUUGGAAGCUGAAGAGACAGACAGUGCUGGCUGGCUUUGCCAGGCCUGGGGCGGAGGUAACUGCUUCACCAUCUGUGAGAGGGGCAAGACACAGAGCAAGGGACACACACACAAUCACACACACACUAUAAUGCAGACAUACAUACAAAUGCAGCCACACACACAUACAUGCACAAGCAAUCACGAGCACAUGCUCACACACACUCUCAUCCUGCCAGCCUGUCUGUAAUCUCUGACUGACUGCCUGCUUUGGAUCAAGGCAGCUUAAUGAAACACUGCAGUCACAUUCAUCACACCCGAUUGAACUAGAAAAUCCCUCCUGGCACUCCCACACACACACACACACACACACACACACACACACACACACACACACACACACACACACACACACACACACACACACACACACACAGAGAGAGAGAGACAUACUCGCACAAUCUCAUGCAUAUAUACACCACACACAUGCCUAUAGGCAUUGACCUGCUUAUUGAUUUCCAAAAUAAAAGCAUGGUCUCAAACAGCAUUCAGACAAUACACAUAGAGUCUACCAUGACAGUGGCUAUAUUUCCAGUGUUUUUACAGCUCAAUCUUUAAUUCUUUGUUUCGUUUGUUGACUCUUAGUUUAAAAAAAAUCUUUUUUAUCUCUUGACAGCUUCUGCAAAAAAAAACAAAAAAAAGAUGUUUUCAAUAAUUUCCUAAAAUAUGUUUUGUAACUGAAUGCUCCUUAGUGUUGGUUGUGUUUUCCAUUGGGACAAUGAAAGGGGAUGACCCUUUUAAGAUAUAUUGUAUUGUGUAAUAACCCCUUUAUGAAUUGUGUUGUGAUGCUUCAAACGUAGUCGCCUUCAAGGCGUUGGCCAGUGGCGGUGGAAAAGACUCGACACCCCACAUAACCAAGAAACCGUCCUGCCUGCUGAUGAGCUCAGUCAUUCUAGAUGGACGACAAGUCCCACUGGCCAGAUUCGGAAUCAUGAAAGGUCACCUGUAAUGUUGGGACCACACCAUUGUGACACCUAAAGUUCGAGUGGGUCUCGUUUUUAACCUGAAGAAAACAACGAUGGCACUCAAAAAAGAAUGAUUGUAUUUGAUUGAAUUAAUUUGACUUUGAAAGCCUUGUGCCAAGCAAUAGGGCCACGUCUUGCUGUUAUGCUAUUUUGGAAGUGAAUAAAUAUAUUUUAUGACUUUC